CCAGCGGCGGCUGACAGAACUGUGCUACGCGCGCCGCUCUGCAGCUGUGCUGUGGGCACGAGCGCCGGCGCGCGGUCCCCGAGCUCUCCGAGCUCUGCAGUGGACUGGACCUCGACUGGAGCUGGGGCCGUCCGAUCCUGGUUGGGGGAUUAGGUGCCCUUUGGAUAGUUUUUAAUGUAAAGUAGGAUUUUGUUGCAAAAGAAGAUCUAAGGACCCUUCUGAAGUCACCACCCCAAGACGCAAUCAUGCCUGGGGAAGCAGGGAAAACCGAUAUGGAGAGGAUUGGCCUCUUCAGUGAGAUGGAAUACAUUACCGUGGGAGAUAAAUACGUGUCACCAUUUAAUCGCCCCUUUAAUGAGGCUGCAAGCAAAAACAGACAGAUGCUACCCGGGGGAUCAAAGGAAAUGUCCCAUCUCCAGGCUGGGUACUUCGAGCCCCAGUUCGCAAGGGUCUUUGAAGGGGAAGGCUAUGUGAGCCUGAACCAAGUGAGGAGGCGGCAUAUGAUGGCAGAAGCCAAGAAAAACCUCAGCAAAGCCUUCAUCCCUAGUAGUGGAGAGAAAAAACCAAGCGGAUUAGGAAGCUAUUACGGAACAAUUGGUGGCCCGAUCCCAUUCUUCAGUGCACAGAUAAAACCCAGGGACAAGUAUCAGCCACCUGGGAAGAAUUUAUACACCAACCCAGGAAAAAAAGGAACUGGAUAUGGCUAUGCCAAUAUUACCAUAGGCAAGCAGCUCUCACACUCCGCCGACUUAUACGAUGCUGCCAAACUGAAUUACAAGAAAGAUAAUGAAGAACACCAUCGGCUACUCAAAGGGACCCCUUUCAAGUUGAAUCUUCACCCUAAGGAAUAUUUUGACAGUAACCCCUAUUUUCUGGAGAAUCCUUUACCUCCACUCAGAAGGGAAGAAAAGAAGGAUACCAUCUUGAAGCCUUUUAAGCCCUCCUCUCCUGGUAAAAAGCCUGGUGGCAUGAAGGCAGGGACAUUUGAACCUUACCCAGCACACUCAGCUGACCCUUAUGUGGUUAAAUUAGGAAAGGUGAUUCCUGGGAAAGGGGAGAAGGUUUUCCAUCCCCCAAAUGGACCGAAAAGCAGACCCGUGGAAAGUAUAAUGGCGCUGAAUGUCAGAAGGGCACUCAAUGUGAAGAACUACAAGACUGCCUCGGCAGACAUUCUGGGAAAGCAGUUGGUGUUCUAGCUCCUCUAAGUUACUCACCGGAAUGCACACACAGUACACAGUGUUACGGAAUACAUGGUUCCGUAGCUUUUAAAGAUAAGUCAAACGCAAGACUCAGCUGUAACCCCCUUUCUGAUCUUAAUAAAUAGUGUUAGCUAAUGCUUAUUCUGGGGUCGCUGAACUGUACUUUUGGAUCUUCAUCUCUAGGUAGAAUCUUUUAAAAAUUUUAUCGAUUUUUGGUAAAGCAAAUGCUGAAGCCAGUAACAGGAGCAUUGAAGAAUAUAAAGAAAUUCAGAUGUCCACAGUAUCGGGGUAGAACACACAUUUAAUUUGAGGGUACACUGUUUUCUUAUAAUAUUUUUUAAAAUCUUUCUCAUUUUAGUUUUGAAAAUACAAAUAUACAGCAUUGUGUAGUUUUCUGCAAAACAGUUUUAUUGCUCACUCUUGAACACAAAUCACUCAGAUAUGACAAAAUUGGAGGCAAUUAGAACUGAUAACUGAUAUCCUGUUUCCAGACAACUUCAGACGGUCUUCUUUCCCGUUGUGAUGUAGGGAUGACUUGCGUAGUUUUCUUACCAUCAGUGAAUAAGAGACGAGAUAAACUUUUCAUCUAGCCAUUCAUCUCAGCUACACCGUAUUUAACAACUUGUUUUCAAUACUUAAAACAAGGUUUGUAUAUAUCAGCCAGACUAAUCUAGAGUUAACUAAUCUGACAGACAAAAGUAGGUACUCGACUUGAACUCACUGGCCCAGGAAAGGACUUUCUGAACAGGACCAUGAAAAAGACCAACAACUCAUAAAUGGGGCCUUCUGAAAGAAACACUUCUGUACAGCAAAGGGCGCCAUCAUUUGAAUGUGAGGCAGCCCACAGAGUGGGGAGAGAUCACUUUAUCUCUCUCAGCUCAGGUUUAGAAGACAUUACAAAAGAGCAGUCGGUUGAUGCCCUGCUGCGGGUAUAGGAAAGGUUGCCCACAGCAUAGCUCAGGUCAUUCCCACCAAGAGAAGGAAGACCGACUCUCCCCAACCCUGUAGAAAAGGCAUGUCUUCAAUCACACCGUGUUUUGUGCUUAAGCAAGAAUAAAGCACCAAAGAGAUUUUCUUUUCCUGGAUACCUUUCCUGCCUGGUAUAAACACAGUUCAGAGUUCAACUUCUGCUUGGAGAAAUAGUCUUGGCUUUUUGGGACAUCAGCUUGCUGGUAUCACUGCCAGGUGCUCCCAGCCAGCUAGACCCCUUUUUAUCACCUUUUGUCAGUGAACCAGAUAGCCUGAACUAGUCUCAGAAUCUCAUCCACGGAACAGCCAAGAGAAAGAUCAUUUGACGUCAUCUGGCAAAGGAUACCUUUAUUUUCAAUGAUAAAGGGGCCCCUGAAGGAGAUACUAAUAAGAGUCCAUAAUACUGAGCAAUGGUGUGCUUGGGAUGUAAUGCCAAGGCAAUGUCCAUGGAUCCCAAUUCCUCUUGUUCCUUUCCUGGGUGCAUUGAUCCGUGCCAGCUGACAGAAGUGAGAAGCCGCAGAAGCACUAAUCUCUUGGCAGUGUGUUUCUUAAUCUACCCUAUUCCCGAGAGCGAUGAUCUCCACGAGGCGCACAAAAGUGAAGUCAAGAGGGUAAAGAGGAAUUCACACAUUUUUUUCUGUAUUAGUCUCCUAUCUUUGAAUCAAUCGUCUGGCUUAACAACCGUAGCUUGGAAUUUUGGGAAGGCUGCUCAUUUUCAGCAUUUUCUGAAGUAAUUUUGCUUCCAGAAGGGCAAAUCCACAGGUCUCCGAGACAAAACCCACCACAGGAAAGCAGGAAGAAGACCGAAAAGAGAAUGAUCUUAACUAAACAUCAGACAGAGGAUCAGUGGCCCUCCUAACCCUCAUUAGAGAAGCUUCUUGCAGUAGGUGGUGAGUACCAGAGACCUUCCCUGGGCAUUGUGCAGAGACACAGACUCGUCCGCCCUGAGUGUCUCUAUUUCAUUCUUACCCUAAGGGCUCAGGGACGGCUGCAGGACAGGAAGUAAAAGGACUGUAAGAUCCAAACAUGGUGGGUGACUCCCAGGAAAGGGCGUCUUCCAGACACAACAAGGCAGAUGCCCACAUGAACUCACAAGACCUGCACAGGCUCAAGCCACUCAAAUUCUCAGCAUGUGCCCACCCUAGCCAAGAAGCCAUCCCCCAAUAAUAGGGAGGGGGGAGUCAGUUUUCUUCAAUGACAUGACUCCACAUGUCAUUGGGCAUAUUAACCACAUUGCUGGGAAGGUCUCAUGCUCACGGGUAGUUGACCAAUAAAGCGGACUCCAUGUUUUUUAGUGACUUUUUUCUUUUGUGUCUUCAUUUUAUUUUUUUAAGAGAGAGAACACAAAAUUAGGUGGGCAGGGAAGGGGGUCCUGGAGGACUUGGUGUAUGGGAAAGAAUAUGAAUAAGACUCAGUUUUGAAAAGAGAAAUGUGAGUAGCAAGAUAUUCCAAAAAGCAUCUGGAAAGUUCAACCUUAGUAUAGUAUAUAUUUUGGAAAUAUCCAAGAUUGCUGCUUCUACAGAUACUGCUUGGUAAUUUUAUGUGUAAAUGUUGCAGCUCAUAACAGCUACAUAUAUAUGUGUGUGUCUAAAUGGCCAGUGCUAGUUUUGCAUAUUGGAACAAGUUAACCAUUUGAGGCCCUCUUUAUUAUUUACCAGGAAGAAGGAAUUAUCAUGGAGAUAAUUAAAAGCAUUUCCCAAGCUAUAACGUAUACUUUAAGAGACUAUAUCGUUAUUAUACAUCAAAUAGUUUGUUAUUAGUUAAUUUAUUAAUCUGAAUUUUAUUAUUUCUCACUAAAUUUUCAAUUAUAGUAUUUUUUAAAUAUUAAAAAUGAAGUACUAGUUAGUGCUGA